UGCUGCUUCCCCACACAAUCCAAAACACUGAUCGAUAAUCACAGUUCAGAGUUGAGAGAGAGAUGAGCAGUGGCAGUAGCAGCAGCAGCAUGACAACUGAAGAAGGAGAUGCAGAGAAUGUGAAUGUGAUCCUACUACCUGGGUUCAGAUUCUACCCCACUGAUGAGUUGCUGGUCAGCUACUACUUGAGGAACAAGAUACAGGGCGCCGACUCCCAUUUCCGCCACCUCAUCCCUGAAAUCGAUGUCUGCAAGUACGAGCCCUGCGAUCUUCCUGCAUUCUUCCCAGAAGUCCAUGAGAAGGAGUGGUUCUUCUUUAGCCGGCUCGAUUACAAGUACAACAACGGCACUCGCUGCAACCGGGCCACGGAUCAAGGCUUUUACAAGAUCACAGGAAAGGAGCGGGAGAUCAGGGCUGAAGAAUCCAAAGCUGUGGUUGGGAAGAAGAGGACUCUGACAUUCUACGAAGGUCGUGUGCCGAAAUCAAAGAAGACCGAUUGGGUAGUCCAUGAGUAUUAUCUCACAGAAACUGAGGUGGGUUCUAAACCCACCAAGCAGAAGGACUUUGUCCUCUGCCGCCUGAAUAACAGGUCAGCUAGUUAUAAGAAGCCGAAGGGUGGUCCGAUCCACGGCGAAUUAGCUGAUUCGGGAGCGAAUUCUGAAGAUGAGCAAGCUGUUGUAAGUGAUGUGAUAGCAGAGCCAGUGGAACAUCUGGGAAACAAAGAGCUAGGAGAUGUUAAUAGAAAUGAGUCUCCAGAUGGUUCUUGUCUGAUGGACUGCAAUGACAUUUGGACGUUAGCUGAUGGUGAUGUUGAAACUGGUGGCUUGAAAUUCUCGGGUUUCGAUGAUCCUAAUAGGUUUCUAGAGUUGUGUGCUGAGAUGCGAGACAUUCUGAAUUCACCUUCUCAACUGCCGCAGCCACUGCAGAUACCGCAGCCACAUCAGCCACUGCAACCAUAUCAGCCUCUGCAGCCACAUCAGCCACCACAACCAUAUCAGCCUCUACAGCCACAUCAACCACAAGAUUACUGCCCCACCACACACUACAGCCACCACAGCCACAUCAGCUGCCUCAACCACAGCAACCUCUGCAGCCCAUCAAUAAACACGGAACUGGGAGAUAUUGUGCAUACCAAUAACCAUAUUGGAUGCAAUGAUGAGUUACAUGUUAACUACAUUGCAAUGUUUGGAAAUUGAAGGGAAAAUCAACAAGAAAGGAUGAACAGAAGAAUGAACACAGAGAUAUUAGAGAGAGAGAGUUUAGAGGGUGAAAUAGGAUUUGUAUUGACUAACUAAAAUGAAGAUUACGCACCAUGUUUUUAUAAGAGAAAGCCUUACUACUCUAA